AUGACUCUAAGCCUCUACACUCCAUGCUUCUCUCGCCUACUCCCCCACCCUUCUCCUUCUCUCCCCAAACUCUCCGAAACCUGCGUCAACCACACCGCCAACACCAACACUCCUUUUCCCUCUCUAUUUUUCACCACUCCUUCUCUUCCCAACCAUUCGCGAUUCCUAAACGCCAAAGCCUCCGUCAGCGAGAGCCACAAUGAAACCUCCGACGACAUCGCCAACAUACUCGACCAGCAGCUCCUGCUCCGAGUCGCCACGAACGCCAAAGACGCCGACGAGGCCUUGCAGAUCAUCGCCGACCACUCCUCCCGAAACGACGGCGUCGUUUCCACCUCCGACUGCUGCUUCAUCAUAUCCGCCGCGCUUAACCGCAACAAUUCUCAACUCGCUCUCUCCAUCUUCUACGCCAUGCGCGCCAGUUUUCAUCCAGUUGGCGUGAGUGGUCCUUUGGCGGAGAGAUGGAAGUGGUCGAGGCCCAAUGCAAAUGUUUAUGCACUGUUGAUUCAGGGUUUAGCGGCGGUGCUAAGGGUUUCUGACGCUCUUAGAGUGAUUAAGUAUAUUUGUGAGGUUGGCGUUUCGCCUGGUGAGGAGGUCCGUUUUGGGAAGAUAGUGAAAUGUCCUAGUUGUCGGAUCGCUGUUGGUGUGGCACAGCCACAACAAGGUAUUCAGAUAGUAUCUUGUUCCAAGUGUCGCUACCAAUACGAACUUGUUUCAGGUGACAUAGUCAGUAUUGAAUCAGAAGAAAUCAGCAUGGACAUAUCGGCGUGGGAAAGGGGGUUAAGAUACAUGAAACUGAGGAGGCAAAACAUCCCUUCUGCUGUUCACUCUAUCGUGGUGCAGACUCCUUCUGGUAUGGCUCGCACUCAAAGAUUUGCAACUGAAACAGUUGAUCUGCCAGCACAAGAAGGAGAAAGGGUAACUAUUGCCGUGGCAGCUCCAUCAAAUGUAUAUAGAAAGGUGGGCCCAUUCAAAUUCAGUCCAAGAGCCCCUGAUUUUUAUCCUGGUGAAGCUAUGUGCAUAACAAACCACAAAGAUGGGCGGGAGUCACUACUAUUAAGAGCCCCUAGAAAAGAAGAAAAUUCAUCAUUGCUGAAACCUUCCUUCCUUUUUCCACUUCUCGCUUUGUUGGCCACUGGGGAUGCUGCCUCUGGACUUAUUGACCCUGGCCUUCCCCAAUUACUAUCAGUUGGUGCAGUUUCAACCCUUGUUGUGGGGUCUACGCUGAACACUGUUGUUCUUCCCCAGUUUAAUCAGCUUCCGCAGAAGUCAGUAGAUGCAAUUGCAAUCAAACAACGGCUUUUAUCACAAUAUGAUGUUCUUCUGUCUCGCAUCAAUGACCUGAAAGAAGCUGCUGAAAAAGAGAUUUGGAUGUUAGCUCGAAUGUGCCAACUUGAGAACAAAAUUUCAGCCGUUGGAGAGCCUGCUUAUCGGACACGUAGAAGUAAAGUCAAGAGGGUGCGAGAGAGCCUGGAAAACUCCCUCAGAGGACGGAUUGAACUGAUUGACAGCUAUGCUAGGAUUUCCUCUAUGAUUGAAAUCGAAGUGGAGAUGGAGACUGAUGUUCUUGCAGCUGAAACUGCUAGUAAUAUGGACAGCAUCUCAGAACAGAUAGAGCAAAUCAUGGAGCUUGAAAAUUUGGAAGAGAGAUGGAAAAUUCAAGCAGAGGCCAAUGAUGAGGCUGAAAGACUUCUUAGUUCCCAGCCCAUGCCUUUGGACGAAGUUUGA